AUGGUUUGGUACACGCAAUGUAUUCCUAGGCAUUCAUUUCAUCUAUGGUUGGCAUUUAGAAACAAGCUCAAAACGCAGGAUAGAUUGACUAUUUGGGAAGCGGGUAGUCAUACCAAUUGGAAUUUGAUGUGUUGUCCGCUGUGUAACCAUGAUAGAGAUACUCGGGAUCAUCUAUUUUUCCUAUGUUCUUUUGCGGCGAAGACAUGGAAUGAAGUCAAGAAGCUGGUUACUUUGGGUAAUGUUGAUGAUUCAUGGUCGUCGAUCGUUUCUUGGGUGGAGCAACAUGCAAAAUCUAAGAAUGCGGAUCAUAUUGUGUGCAAACUAUUGAUUGCUGCUUCGGCUUAUUAUAUAUGGCAAGAGCGGAAUAACAGGCUUUUCAAGAACAACAAAAGAACGGCUGAUCAAGUGGCUGAGGUUAUUAAGUCUUCGGUUCGGUUGAAGCUCAUGGGAUUCAGAUUUCGGCUUGCUUCGGCUAAACAAAGGAUUUUCAAAAGAUGGAAGAUUGAAGAUAAUGGAGCGGACCCGGGCUAG